AUGCCUCGUCGUCUAAUUAAUGACGUGCAUGAAUGGAUCAAUGAGAUUCCUACUGUCCCCAACUACUAUCCAGUGAAACCACAGCCAAGGGAACGGGCUUGGCAAUAUAAGCGGGGAAAGAAGACCCUGUUGAGCUUGACUCUAGUUUGA